AGUAAGCUAUUUAAAAAUGCAUUCAGGCAAAGGGUAUAGGAGUGGCAAGAAAGGCAGUAGCAGCAAAAGCGGCAAAAGCAAAAACAUGAAAGAACUUUUUAAUAAAAAACUCCAGAUAUGCAUGAAAGCUUAUGAUUAUAAGGAUGAGACUAAGGACGUCAAAGGCAAAUCAGAGAGGCUUAGUGCCAUAAAUGAAUUGCAGAAUCUUUUACAAGACCAGAAAAGCGUCCAACAGCUUAUAAUCCCGAAUUUGGAUACAGUUAUGGAGAUGGUAGAGAAGAACUUUUUCAGACCUCUCCCUAAUAUUAAGAAAUCCAAUCUUGCUUUUUCAGAGACUGGGAUUGAGCAAGAGGAAGAAGUAGACCCCAGUUGGCCCCAUGUACAAGGAAUUUAUGAAUUCUUCCUUCAGCUUAUCAUAAACGAGGCUGCUGAUGUCAAGAGUCUCAAAGUAUAUGUAACACCGCAAUUUGUUCAAGGGUUUUUACAACUAUUUGAUACUGAAGAAGGAGUUGAAAGAGACUAUCUGAAAAAUAUUCUGCAUAAGUUAUAUGCAAAGCUUGUACCAAGAAGAAAAAUGAUCCGGAAAGCAAUUAACGAGUGUUUCUUCACUCUUAUUCAUGAAACACAUAAAUUCAAUGGAGCAGCAGAGCUUCUAGAUAUACUGGCAAGUAUAAUUUCAGGAUUUGCCGUUCCUUUGAGGGAAGAGCAUGUCGUCUUCUUCAAAAACGUAAUAAUCCCACUGCACAAAGUUCAGACUUGCGCUGAAUUCUUUGAACAGUUGCUAAGAUGCUCAAUGCUAUUCCUGACAAAAGACAGAAAUUUGGCAAUCCCACUACUUGAGGGACUGCUGAAAUAUUGGCCGUUUGCCAAUUGUGUGAAGGAAACCCUUUUUCUGACAGAACUUCAAGAAGUUCUUGAAGUAUGUGAAGUUGAGAAGAUAGAGCCCCUCAUCCCAAAGUUAUUCAUAAGAAUCGUUAAAUGUAUUGGAGGAACUCACCUCCAAGUUGCAGAUAGAGCAAUGUGUUUCUUUGAAAACGAUUAUUUCCUCUCGAUAUUGAGAACAUAUAAAGAUCAGACAUUCCCAAUGCUGGUCCCAACAAUUGUGAAUCUUGCUGAAAACCACUGGCAUAAAAUUUUGCAAGAGAGUUUAGUAGCUUUGAAGACAAUUCUGAAGGAGAUAGACUCAUUCGCAUUUGAUGAUGCUCUGAAGCAGGACUCAAAAUCUUCAGAAAAUUUUGGUCUAAAGCAAUCUAGCGAGCAUAGAGAAACCAUGGAUAAGAAAUGGGAAAAGCUCGAUAGAACACUAAAGUCUACUCAGGCAGGUUACAAAGCUCCAGAUAUUCCAUUCUCUUCAUCAAAGUUGAUCAUGGAAUAUAAUUCUUUGUACAGGAAGGUGUAUGAUAAGGAGAAAUUCAUGAACCAAUAAUCCUGGUGAAAUAAGCUUAAAUCAUGACUCAAUUUUA